CCAAUCUCUGGACAGGAAGGGCAUUUAUGUUGUGGAGAGCGACGACACGGCCGUCACGGAGGAGGACCUGGCUGGUGUGCCCAUUAAAAUGAGUGCCCACAUCCCCAUGAUUGAUGCCCUGAUGAUGGCCUACACAGUGGAGAUGAUCAGCAUUGAGAAAGUGGUCACCUCUGUGGAGCGUUUCUCUACCUUCAACCCCUCCAAGGAGCUUCCCUUUGACUUGGAGGAUGCCAUGGUUUUCUGGAUCAAUAAGGUCAACACCAAAAUGAGGGAAAUUAGCGAAAAGGAACACAAAGUCAAGCACCACCUUCUGGAAUCCCCCAGUCACCAAAAGUCUCCCUCCAAAUGGUAUUGGAAGCUUGUCCCUGUACGGUAUCGUCGGGAGCAUGCGUCUGGCCGCCAUCUUCCCUUCUUCCCGCUGCUGGAAGAUUUGAUGAGAGAUGUUUGUGAUGGAGCGGCACUGCUUACGGUUGUCCACUACUACUGUCCAGACCUCAUGAAGCUGGAGGAUAUUUGCCUGAAGGAAGUUCCCUCCAUGGCUGAUAGCCUGUACAACAUCCAUCUGCUCAGAGAGUUUGCCAACGAGUAUCUGAAUAAAAGUUUCUAUCUGACAACAGAAGACAUACUCUAUUCGCCUCCUGUGCUCAAGCACAACGUGAUGGUUUUCAUUGCUGAACUCUUCUGGUGGUUUGAGACUGUCAAACCAGAAUUUGUCCUGCCCAGGGACCUGCAAGAGUCGAAAGAUGCUCGAGCCAUUGCUCAGCCAAAGAGUUCUCGUCCAUCAGUGCCCAUCUCCAAUGCCACCAAACGGAGCUUCAAGGCCAGUCCUGGCGUGUCAGAAAACCAGAGCGGCCCUGAAAUCUGUAGCAGUAGAGGAGGUCCACCCUUUAGUCCUUCCCAUCCUCUCUUGCCUUUGCGCCAGAGACAACAGAAGCCUCAAGGAGAUGAUGGCGCGGGUCUAAGGAACCGCUCCAACUCCUUGACCCAGAUGGACAGACAGGCCCGAGGUUCUGCUGUCGCUUGGCCCGACAAGAGACAGAGGCCAGUGUCCACACUGAACCCCUUCAUGUGCCAUUCAACUGCUGACAGCGAUGCAGAUGUUGCUUCCGGCGACAGUGUCAGCCUUGCCCGCUCAAUAAGUAAAGACAGCCUGGCGUCCAACGUCAUCAACGUAACGCCGAAACACCAAGCUUCACUUCACCAACCCAUGCUAGCCCAGAUGCGCAGAAUCAAUGGUCACGGCCUCAUGGGAAAAGUUCACCUGGAUUGCGAAGAAGAAUCUCUGGUGGCGGUGGCCAGGACGGAGGUUGCUUCCAUCUCCAAAAAACCUGAUGGGAGCCAAGCGUCUGCCGCAGCAGAACCAGAGACCAAGUCCAAACCUACAGCUGAUGGUUUCUACCUAGAACCGCUGAUGCCUGCCGUGCUGAAACCAGCUAAAGAGAAGUCUGUAUGCCUGAACAAGGAAGAGGAGAGUGGCGAGGGGCUCCGGUCCACAGGAAAGAGCUUUUCACGCAGGGGGGACGGAUCUUCUCCCGCAGUUCAUAAGAAAGCUCCCCUCAGCCUGAACAAAACAUUUACUCCCACGGCUGAUGAGCCUGACUUGUCAGAUGAGCCUGUUCGGGCUCAGGCGGCUUUCCGACCCCUUGCCACCAGCAGUGUGGACACCUCGUCGAAUGAGCCCGGCGGAGGCUUCUACCUGCAUUCAGAUUCGGAGGUGACAAAGCCUUGCCCAAGCCUUGAUCCGGAUCUUGAAGACCUGGACGAAGAGGAUGAGGAUUUGGAUGAGGCCGUUCCGGCAAAAGACCUCGCUUGGCCAAGUAAGUGCUUUCAUGAGCAUGAUGAAGAGGAAUCCGCCAAACUUCAGGAGGACAUGAAUGUCAAGGAGCACGAGGACAAAGACAUUAACGGUUGCAGCGGUCGCUCCAGCCCAUGCCUUAGCGCCUACUCUCAGGCCAGCAGCGUGGCCAGCGGAAGUGUGCGCAUGACCUCUUUUGCUGAGCGUAAAGCCCAGCAGCAGCGCUUCGGCAGUAACCACGACCUACGCUCCAGUGCCUCCAGCUCGCAGAGGACCACUCCAGAUGGAUCCGAGAGCAGCGGGCCCCUGUCGUCCUCCUGGAGGCUCAAAAGAGACCAGAGUCCCUCGUCACCCCUGGGUGUUUGCCCUCGUGCCGGUGACGGGAGCGGCGGUGCCAGCGUCCUUGCAUCCGAGAUUGUACAGCUGCGCAUGCAGCUCGAGGAGAAGCGUCGUGCCAUCGAGCAUCAAAAGAAGAAGAUGGAAGUGCUGUCAGCCCGGCAGAGGCAAAAGCUGGGUAAGGCUGCUUUCCUGCAUAUAGUGAAGAAGGGCGGCGGCGGCGGCAAGGGCGACACUUUGCCCAAUCCACUCAAAGCCGACCCCUCCAAAGAUGAGCGCCAUAGACAGAAAGUAACGCCGUCAUCUAAAGACGAUAUGUGCGCGGAUGCCCUGAGAGGGGACAAAGAGCUGGAGGGAUCUACGCCCUCAGGUGCCUUAGAUGCAGACAAGAAGGGAAACAAUGGCAGCUUCUACCAAGAAGAAGAGUUGGACCUCAAUGAGUGCAACCGCUCUAUCGAGCUGCUGCAUGAAGCCAUCGGCAGCAUCCAGCAGCAGAUGAUGCAAUUGUCCCUUCAGCAGGAAAUGAUGAUGAAGCAGAAUGUACUGUCCCCUCCCGGUGCUGCUCCUCACCCGCUCGCAACUGACAAAAACAGUGACACUAAAGCCGGGGACGCUACACACGAUGCGGAACACCUUUCCGUCACCGCCCCCGCGAGGAAACCCCCCAAACUGAGCUCAGGGCGAAGAUCCAAGCCGGCGGAGCUCAAGGUGAGCAAAGAGCAAAGCCGGCACACCGCUCGGACCUUGGCCCCCUCCCACAGUGGGCCGGAGACGCAAAUGCAUCCAAGGCAAUCGGCUGGGGGCAGGUCCCCCAGGAACGAGCAUCCUGACCCGCAAAGCCUCAGAAACCUUCCGGCGGGAGAAACCCCCAACAAAACGACCUCGAGCCAGGCACGCAGCGCCGCUUUUCGGCUUCACGACGAUGUGAACAUGCGACUCCCCACCAGGGUGGACCUGAAUGCUUUGUCUGCUCCUGAAGUGUCCUUUGACGACUGCCUGUCCAGCACCCUCAAAGACAACUCCUCAGACAGCUCGGGGAAAGAGAACGUACCGUCGGAGGAAGUGCAGCGCAGCAAAGCUCACUUGAUCGAAGUCGAUAUGUCGGAGCUGAAAGACCCCGAGGAUGAGGAGGCUGCUGACACAACCGCAAACGAAGCGGAUGGAGAGCAAAAGUCAGUCAUGGGCUUCUUCUUCAAGGAUGAGCAGAAAGCAGAGGAUGAGCUUGCCAAGAAGAGAGCGGCGUUCUUGCUCAAGCAGCAAAAGAAAGCGGAGGAAGCCCGUCUCCGCAAGCAGCAGCUGGAAGCGGAAACGGAGCUGAAGCGCGACGAGGCCCGGCGGAAAGCUGAGGAGGAUCGCCUGCGUAAGGAAGAUGAGAAGACGCGGCGGGAGCUGAUAAAGCAGGAGUACCUGCGGAGGAAGCAGCAGGAGAUCUUGGAGGAGCAAGGUCUGGUCAAGCCCAAGACUCCCAAACCCAAGCAGAAACACAGACCCAAGACCAUCCUCAGGGAGGAGUCAUCCAGCGACAAUGUCUCCAAGUGCUCUUCUUCCACACCUGACAACCUGAGCACGGCCCAGUCUGGAUCGAGUCUGUCGCUGGCCUCUGCUGCCACCAAUGAGGCUGACAGCGUCCACUCUGGGGGUGCAGGCUCCCACCGCUGCGACUCCGUGGAGUCGUUCCCCGGAAGUCGUAACCACAGUCGGGCUGCGGAAAGAGACUGGGACAACGGCUCCACCGCGUCUUCCAUCGCAUCCCUGGCCGAGUACACUGGUCCAAAGCUUUUCAAAGAGCCGAGUGCCAAAUCCAACAAGCCAAUCAUCCACAACGCCAUCUCACACUGCUGUCUGGCCGGAAAAGUCAACGAGCCGCAGAAGAAUCAAAUCCUUGAGGAGCUGGAGAAGUGCGAGUCCAAUCACAUGAUGAUCCUGUUCCGCGAUGGCGGCUGCCAGUUCCGGGCGCUUUACUCCUACUUCCCGGACACGGAGGAGAUCCACAAGCUGACGGGCACGGGGCCCAAAAGCAUCACCAAGAAGAUGAUCGACAAGCUGUAUAAGUACAGCUCGGACCGCAAACAGUUCACCGUCAUCCCCGCCAAAACUGUGUCGGUCAGCGUGGAUGCUCUGACCAUCCACAACCACCUGUGGCAGGCCAAGAGAAGUGCUGCGUCCAAGAAAAGUGCAAAAUAGCAGGCGGGGGUGCACUGAGCACCCCCACCCCUACCCCACCGCAAAUCAUCUAGCGCCAUCUUGCUUUGUUUCCCACAUUCAAUGCUCGCCGGCGUGCACGGUUUUCCCAAGGAGAGUUGCUUGCCGAACAAGAGGAACGCUGCCUGGAUUGGCUUCUUUGCCUUGUGUGAUGCGUUCAGGCGCAUGCGUGGUUUACACGACGUAUUCAUCAGCUCCGCCACAGCACUGAAGCGGGUGACAGAGACUUAAUUGGAUACACUCCUUCCUGAUUCAUGGAAUCAUGGUGCCACUUCUGUCCUACCAGAAAGUACUUAAAGAACAAAAAAACUGCUUCUUUGUUUUGUUAACAGCAUCCGGGGAAUUGUUUGGCCUUGAACACAUCGUGGUACUCUUCAUCAACCGGUCAAACCGCCUUUGAAAAUGCCCGCUGGUUGUGUGCGUGUGUAUAGCAAAGAAAAAAACUUGAACAGUGCGGUUAUUUUAACUACUUUUAUUUAUCUAAAAAUCCCUUUUUUAUAAGGGGUGUCUAAUGAGGGAGAUUACUGAUCUUUGGUGCAGACAUGAUGCUUUUUUGGGGGGGGUCAGGGGCAUUGUUUUGGUUGUUUUUUUUCCUGCUAAGUGGUGUGCUGUCAAGUUUGAGUUGAUGUUGUGCGUGUUGUCAUCACACCAGAUUUCUGAUGUGUAGACCGUAGUUGUCGUCUCUCCAUUGGGCCACACAAAGACAAAAAGGUGUGGACACACACACACACACACAGAGUCACAAUCAAACGAACACGCCAUGCAAUGUAAACCACCGAGCGCCGCCAUUAAAGAACAUUCCUUCAAGGUUUGACGGACAAUGCCACGUGUUCUCGUCUGUCUCUAUAAGUGCUUCUUCACCCGACAGCAAACCACCAACAGCACUUUACUUUUGUAUCAAACACUAGAGAGGCCAAGGGCUCUCGUACUACUGCGAGCGUUUGUCGUUGGUGUCUUAUCGAAACGGAUUGUAUGGGCAUGGGGUCGCCAUUUGUGUUACACUGGUCUCCUUUUAUUUUCAUCUUGCUUUUUGAUUUUUAUCCUUUUGAGGUCAUGCCAUCUAUUUAUUUUGAUACGCGAGCAUGUUAAAAUUGAAUUAAAGUCACAUUUUUUUUAUUUUUA